AUGGUGGAGAAACCCGGUGCCGGGUCCAAAGAGGAUCUUGACCUCGAUGAAGAGGAGGAAGAGCUCGCGCGGGCACCCGAACCCAAAACCAAGUCCUGGUUAGGGUUCUUCAAGCGCGCCGUGCAGGGAGACCGGGAUCCCAUCGAUGCCCUGGUCGCGAAGUACAAUCAGGGACAGGAUUCAGAUGAAGAAGACAAUGACGACUACGGCACUGAAAUACGCCCGCCGAAGCCCUUUGUCGAUACUCCCACCUUCAAUAUGUGUUUGGGCGUUGUGAUCGCCUUGAAUUCGGUGACGAUUGGUUUGGAGACAGACUCAGUGGCCCACGCGGUUGCGACGCAAGAAGAGCAUGACGAUCGCCUGUGGUACAUCGUUGAGCUCAUCUUUUGCAUAAUCUUCCUGUUUGAACUGCUGCUGCGGCUGUACUUCCAUAGGCUCCGGUAUUUCACGAAUCCGGUGACAAGGGCAUGGAACAUCGCGGACUUCAUCAUCGUCUCGGUCUCCGUUGUCGACACGUUGAUCCUGAUUCCCUUUGGCAUCGGUGGCACUGCUCGCGUGGUGGCGAUGUUGCGCUUCGUGCGCAUGAUGCGUUUGGCACGGCUGCUGCGGCUCUUGAAGCUAUUCAAAGAGCUGUGGCUCAUGGUCUCCGGCCUCCUGCAGUCGUUGAAGACGCUGGGAUGGAUCUGUCUGGUGGCCCUGCUCUUCUGCUACGCUUGCGCCAUUAUCACAACCACGGUCAUCGGACACAACGACGAUCUCUACGAUCCAUACUUCGCAACUUCCGGUGGCUGGGAUCAUGAGGUCUACUUUGCGACCGUUUGGCGGUCUACUUUUACACUGUUCCAGAUCAUGACGCUGGAUCAAUGGAACGAGUCUGUGGUGCGCCAUGUUGUAGCCAAUCAGCCGGCAAUGCUUAUUUUCUUUCUGAUCUUCGUCUGCAUUUCCAGCCUCGGCCUCAUGAGUAUCAUGAUUGGUGUCGUUGUGGAGAAUACGCUGGCGACAGCCAACAAGGACCAGAACAAAUUGAAAGCCAAGCGUGAACGGGACCGAAAGCAAGUCUUCAGUCAGCUUCAGGAGAUUUUCGAGAUGGCCGAUGUAGAUGGAAGUGGAACCCUGACCAUCGAUGAGGUCGAAGCUGCCAUUCAGAAGCCCGAGAUCUACAACAAGUUGAAGAUGAUCGAUUUUCCGGUGGAUGAUCCCGGCCAAAUCUUCGCUUUACUGGACUAUGAUGAAAGUGGAGAGCUGACAACGGAGGAGUUCAUCACCGGCUGCAUUCGCAUGAAAGGACCAGCCAAAUCGAAGGACUUGUUGGUCGCCCAGGUUGGCGUGGAUUCGAUGCGGAAGCAGUACGCGCUCUUUGAGCAGGAGAUGGAGAAAUUCCAGGCCAAGGUCGCGAUGCUGGAUGCCACCAUCCGGGCGGUGAUGUCUCAUGGAGAACACGUCUUCCUUGACACACGCCAGUAUAGGAUGCGGCACCCCGAUUUCAAGGCACAGACGAUGAAAAGAUUGGCAACCAGCGAGCUCGAGAACAUGCCUUGGAACAAGGAGGAGGGAACUUCCGCGCUGGCCCUCACGGAGGGAGGAAGGAGCUCACCGCAGGCGGCGCUCGCGGACGGGGCCACGCUGCGUGGGAACGCGAACCUGGAUCUGGCCUUGCCCAACCCUCCGGCCCUGGGCCUCGGCGACCCAG